CAGCCUCGGGGACCUGGGAGGCUCCGCGAACCUGCCGAGUGGGAACGGAUAUGGCCGCCACCCUGGGCAGCGGGGAGCGCUGGACCCAAGCUUAUGUUGAUGCAAUUAGAAGAAACAAAUAUGCAGAAGACAGACUUCCUGAGAGUCUUGACCCCUGUGGUUGCUGUAACUGCAUGAAGGCACAAAAGGAAAAGAAAUAUGAGAAUGAGCGGAAUCAGACCCAGACCCGGCUGGGUGAAGGGAGCUCCACUUAUACUGAAGAACAGCUGCUUGGGGUACAAAGGAUCAAGAAGUGCAGAAAUUACUAUGAAAUUCUGGGAGUUUCUCAAAAUGCUAGUGAUGAAGAGCUUAAGAAAGCUUACAGAAAACUUGCCCUAAAAUUUCAUCCUGACAAAAACUGUGCUCCUGGAGCAACAGAUGCUUUCAAAGCAAUAGGAAAUGCCUUUGCAGUCCUGAGCAAUCCUGACAAGAGACUCCGCUAUGACAAAUAUGGAGAUGAGCAGGUGACUUUCACUGCACCUCGAGCCAGACCUUAUAAUUAUUACAGGGAUUUUGAAGCUGACAUCACUCCAGAAGAGCUAUUCAAUGUCUUUUUUGGAGGACAUUUUCCUACAGGAAACAUUCAUAUGUUCUCAAAUGUGACAGAUGACACUCACUAUUACCGCCAGCGGCACCGACAUGAGAAGACACAGACACGGAAGGAAGAGGAAGAAGAUAAACCUCAGACUACAUAUUCUGCAUUUAUUCAGUUGCUUCCAGUUCUCGUGAUUGUGAUAAUAUCUGUCAUUACUCAGCUGCUGGCUGCUAAUCCCCCAUACAGUCUAUUCUAUAAAUCGACCUUGGGCUAUACCAUUUCUAGAGAAACUCAGAACCUGCAGGUACCUUACUUUGUGGAUAAAAACUUUGACAAGGCCUACAGAGGAGCUUCUCUACGUGAUCUGGAGAAAACAAUAGAGAAAGAUUAUAUUGAUUACAUCCAGACGAGUUGUUGGAAGGAGAAACAGCAAAAGUCGGAGUUGACAAAUUUGGCAGGAUUAUACAGAGAUGAACGGUUGAAACAGAAAGCAGAGUCGCUGAAACUUGAAAACUGUGAAAAACUUUCCAAACUUAUUGGCCUCCGCAGAGGUGGCUGAGAGGAUGAUGACCUGUGCAGGGUUGGGGUUUUGUUACUUGUUACUAUUUAUGUUCCUAAUUCCAUUUUAUAAUACAAAAUUAGGAAAGUUGAACAUUUUACUACCUUGCUAACUUUGCUUGUUGGACAGAGUUGAAGGAGCUCAAGCAUGGAGGCAGACUUGUCAUCACAGAAUCUUUCCCAGUAAGUGGUUCCUGGAGCAGGAACAGUUCAUUUAUGUUACAGGAAUGGCAAAGCAUUUACUCAGCUCCUCUGCUCCAUGCCUACCCUGCCUCUGUGACUGCAGUUAGGGCACCCUAGAGCACGUCCCUGUUUUUUCUUCCUCCUUCUCAUCUUUAGUGAAGUCUCAGUACCCAGGCAUCCCUAGGCUUAGCUAAAGCAGCUUCCUGUUUUUUACAGCAUCUGCCAAGAAUUAUGCCCUUCACCACAUUAAAGUCAUCAUCUCCCCCAAGAUUCAGCCCUGUAACUUAAACUAUUUAGCCAAUAGUUUUCUAUUUUCCUAAUCUCGGUUCAGAGGAUUCAGAAAUUAAAAACUGUUGAGCUGUAUGAUAGUUCAGUGGACAGUUCAGCAGCAGGAAGCAGACCCAAGGGGAAGGUAAAAUGCAGACUGAUUUUCAGCCCUUCAGUGCAGAUUCCUUAGUCUAAAACAGAAUCCAGAGAAUGUUCUCUGAAUCAUUUCCUCUUUGGUAUCAUUACCCUUGAACUGAGUCCCUAUACCCCAAAGAGGUAUAGCGGUCAGACCCAUAGCCAUCUAGCACAUAGCCAACCAGCAUGGUUGUGGCUCAAGCCUAGAGGUAGAAGAAGAAGAUGCUCGCUUUGUGGCCAUGGAGGACUAGUGUUGGGCCUUAAGCAGUCUUUUGAUUAAUCCAGUGUCUUAUAGUUUGUGGUAUGAAAUGUUUUAUUCAAUAUUUAUUUAUUCAGUGCAUACCGUAAAGCAAGAGUUCUCACAUAUAUUUUUUACCUAAAUUUUCUACACAACUUUGUGAAGAUUAUCUCUGUUUUUAUGAAGGAGCACAUUGGCCCAAAGAGGAUGAAUGGUUGACUUGAAUUGUACGAUAGGUAAUGGCAAGGCUAGAUGGCAGGCUGCUUAUCAAGUAAAAAGUGUAAGAGAUCGCCCUCAUUUCUCAGGUGAUUCUAGUCAGAUUGGCCAAGCAGAAUCUUUUUCCCAGGAUGCCUCUGUCCUCUGUAUCCUUCCUAUGGCAGUCCUGCAUUCAUUCAGGAUGACUUCUGUACUGGUCUUUAGGAAGGAGGACCCGCUCUACACAAAUUGAGGUUCCUCAAAGGCAAAAGGGCAGCCUUUCCCACUGGUGACAGAAAGAGCUAAGGCAUUGCCUGGGCUGUGUGAUUCUGGACCAGGAUUGAGCUGCCCAGAUUAUCAUGGUCUCUGAAUUAUAAAAGGACCGUAGGUGACUGUAGUUUACACUGUAUGUCUUCUUUGGAUUGGAAGAAAAGCUCCUAUUGGAAGAAGCAAAAUGAGUUCCAAAGUAGUUUCUCCACUCAGGUCAUAUCUGUGAUUUAGGCAGAAGUGUCUAGCAUGAUUCAUGACUCAACAUAUACAUGCUCCACAAAGUCAGGAGAUGGGUUCAUGAGUAAAGAAUGAGGGCUGUGGUGGCUGGUAGGAGACAACUAUUCAGCUCUCCUAGGGAGGGGUAGCAGUUUGAAAUAGCCAGAUUUUGCUGCCCAGAUAGGUCUAUCCUCCUGGCUUUUUAAGGGCCUCUUUGACCUCCUCUGAGUGACAGGGAAUUUACACUGUAAAAUAUGCCGUGAGCCAAACAGGCUUAUGGAAAGUUUAUAUAUAUACAAAAAUCAAAGUCUCUCACCCUAGCCUCAAACCUCUGCUAGAAAAUGGGCCAUAAUGAAACUAAUUUGACAGCGUAGAAGACUGUCCUCUAGAUGCCCGUGAAUAGCAUAUUCAUAUGUUUUGUGGAUUUCAUGAUAGCGAUGAAUUAUCUGUGAUGAUACUAAUUAGAGGCAAUACUAAUUCCACCAAAUGUCAUACUGAUUGUCUGUAACAUUGAUAGUACUGCUUUAUUUAUUACUAAUAGACCAUAAUACUCACAUCCGGUUUUUCUCAAGGGAACCAUAUUUUCUUUUGGUUGAAGAAUAGUUUAAUCUAUUUGGUACUAUCUAGAAUAUUUGUUAAACUGUUAAUUUCCUUGAUUGUAUUGUAGAUGGAUUGUCUGCAUGGUGGUAAAAUAACUCUUUCCUCUUGCCUACAUCCUUUGGAAGAGUUCCUGACAGUAUAA